AUGAAGAUUUGUUCAAUAUUCCUUUUAGCAGCUAUUUGCACAACUUCAGGGGGAGUGCUUCCGAAUUAUUUGCAAGCAACCAGAGGUAACGCUCUUGCUCAAGACAAACUAAUUGAAACCUACAUUAACCUUGGAUUUGCUGCUCAAGAAACUGUUUUAUGUUAUGGUUUAUGUUUUAGUCUGAGACAUUUGAAAAGGAUUCUAAGGAGACUGGGGUGUAGAAGACAUCGCUUUCAAAGCGACUUAGAUGAAAUAGUACAGGUAGUGCAAGGGGAAUUAAGAGGAAGCGGUAGUCUUCUUGGGUACAGAGCAAUGCACCAGAGACUCGUGAAUCAUUACGGACUUGUUACUACGAGAGACGUUGUUCGGCAUGUAUUAGGGACUUUAAGAUCCGAGACGCGACGGCUGUAAGACGCGACCGGAAGUAAAUUUUCAAAGAGGAGACAUGUUGCGCAUGCUCAAGCGGUCGUCCUGGUGUCACCACGUCGCGCAGAGAACGUGGGUUUUACGAGUUUGACGUUCUGUACAAAACGUGAGUAUAUUUCUUCCUGUGCUUUAAUUAAAUGACGAUAUAUUCCCCUAUUACACGUAAAAUCAGCACUCUAGGAUCAUUGGACGUAAUUUCUGGCGACAUUUUAGAUCGCAGAGAUGGAAGGAUUUUGAUUAUUUUUAAAUUUCUUUCAGGUGUACGAAGCUUAUAAAAUGGCAGCACCUUCGACUUCGACUUCGAGGAAGACUUUCAAGUAAGUCACGAGCUAAAACUGCAAAUAGUGAAUGCAGGAGUCUUCUGCAUACUCUUCUCGUGUCUUGUACCGUUGCAAUUCUCGAUUUAUUGCGUUCAUCUGCCGCUAAAAGCCAAUUUUAAGCCUGUAUUAUUUUGUAUAAUUUUAUUAAACUGCGUGUGUUUUUAUGCUUCCUUUAGUUCAGCAAUGUUUUGGACACAUGAUCAUGAAGCCAUUCUAUGCAAAGAAGUCGUCAAUGUAAAUCCCUACACAACUAAGAAAGGGUCAACACAAAGAAGCAGUAUGUGGGAAAAAAUAGCAGACACCUUGAACAAAUGCACUGUGCCGAAAUUCAGGGUUGAUAAGCGAUCAGUCCGAGACCACGUGGGAGUCCUUGUUUACAAGCAUAAGAAGAAACUUCUCGCGGAGGAAAAAGAAACUGGAAUAACUCCCGAUGAGCCAACGGAACUAGAAAACCUAUUGGAUAUGAUCAUCGCGUCGGAGGAAAGUGGCGAAGCGGAAUUUCAGCAAACACAGGGAACAGCUAGCAAAAAACGUCACUACGAUCGGGCUAAAGCGGAAGAUGUUAGACUAAAAGCGAUGGAGAAGCUGUCAGAGACGAAGAAAAGAGGUUCAUCAGCGGAUGAAAGCGAUGACAAACCGAAGCGUCAACGAAGAAGUGGAGGUGAUGCUAUCGAACAAAGCACAAACAAAGCAUUUCUUGGACUUUCUUAAAUGAUGCCAUGGCUAUUUCUGCGAAAGAAUUGCCGAAGAAUCACACUGAUAAAGAGCGGUUUGCAGUCGCGUCGUCUUUCAUCGCGACAGAGAUCUUAACUUUACUUUUCGCGCGCUAUCGACGUCGUUUUAGUUCCAGUCCUUUAUCAGCCACCGCGUUCUAGAAGUCGUCGCGUCUCAGAUCUUAAAGUCCCUAUUGAAGGUCUUUGACCAUGAAGGAGUGGAACACCGAUCAAGGCAUAGACUUCGAAGAAGGGUCUAUAGACGGUUAUGACAAAUUGAAACCUUUCAAUAGAAGAAUUUUAUGGCUUGAGGUAGCAUCUUAAAAUAACGACCCCAAAAUAGUAGCUCAGUAUUACCUUGACUGUGUUAGGCAGUUAGAAGCUACUGCACGCAUUAUUCUGGGAGACAGGGGAACUGAGAUGGUGAACGUGGCAGCUGUUCAACGAUUCUUUCGCAGGUCCUCUGAGGAUGAUUUUUUGGGAGAAUAGAGUUCAUUUACAGAAAAUCAACUUCAAAUCAAAGAAUAGAAGCAUGGUGGGGACGUUUGAGACAGGGAUGUGCAGACUGGUGGAUAGAGUAUUUUAAGAAUUUAAGAGAUUCUGGUUUGUACAAUGAUGAGAACGUUAUACAUCGAGAAUGCUUCAAAUUCUGUUUCAUUGAUUUGAUGCAAGAAGAGCUACACAGAGUUGUCCUGGAGUGGAAUGUUCAUAGAAUUAGAUCAUCUGCCAAUCUGGAAUCCCCUUCUGGGAAGCCAGAUAUUCUUUACUUUCUUCCGGAGCUGAAAGGUGCGUAAGAUUAUUCUACCCUGAUUGACUAGACAAAAUUGAAAUUGCAGACCAAAUGUGCGCAACGUGA